UCUACACUACACUCCCUUCCUUUUUAUUCACUUCCUUUUCUUCUUCUUAAAACCAAGUCUGUAGAUUUAGGGUUCCACAUGCUCUUUGUCUACAUUCUAGGGUUUGAAAUUCUUUGUUCUUGUUGAAUAACAGGUCUCUGUGUCUUCUUGGGUUGUGAUUCAUUCUUCGGAUAAUCAGAGAUUAUGGAUUUAUCUGAUGAGAACAAUCAUAGUCUGAUUAGACCAACAAACUUACAAGGAGGAGCAGAAAUGGGUACCAGGAAGUUUGGUGUGGAGAUUAAGAACAACCGAAGAAGAGCUUUGAGCGUGAUUAAUCAGAGCUUAGUGGCAGCUCCUUCAUAUCCCUGUGUUGUUAACAAGAGAGUCUUGUCAGAAAAAAAUGUAGUCUGUGAGAAGAACCCUCCCAAUCCAGUCCAUCGACCAAUUACAAGAAAAUUCGCGGCGCAAAUGGCAAGCACACAAAUUUGCCCUCAGGAAACUAAGAAACCAAAACCAUCAGAUGUUAAGCUUAGUGUUUGGGAAGAUAUUCCAAUAACAGAUGUGGAGGAACACAAUGCAGCUACAGACCACCCUGAGCCAAUGUUUCUGGAACAAAUUGAUGCAGUACUAGGUGAAGAGGAUCAUAUGGAGGAGGUAGAAAUGGAGGAUAUAUUUGAAGAUCCCGUUAUGGAUAUCGAUAACUGCGAUGCCAAGAACCCACUCGCAGUUGUUGACUAUGUACAAGAUCUCUUUGCCUACUACAGAAAAAUGGAGAGUUCUAGCUGUGUUUCACCAAACUACAUGGCACAGCAAUCUGACAUCAAUGGGAAUAUGAGGGCUAUACUAAUUGACUGGCUUAUUGAGGUACACCACAAGUUCGAUCUCAGGGACGAAACGUUAUUUCUGACUGUUAAUCUUAUAGACAGAUUUUUGGCUCAACAUGCCAUAAUAAGAAAGAAACUUCAAUUGGUUGGUUUGGUUGCCAUGCUCUUAGCAUGCAAAUAUGAGGAAGUUUCUGUACCUGUUGUGGAUGAUUUCGUCUUCAUUUCAGACAAGGCUUAUACGAGGAAAGAGAUCCUUGAAAUGGAGAGGUUGAUGUUAAAUACCUUACAGUUCAACAUGUCGGUUCCAACCCCUUAUGUCUUUAUGAAAAGAUUUCUCAAGGCCGCCCAAUCCGAUAGGAAGUUCGAGCUCCACUCUUUUUUCAUGAUCGAGCUUUGCCUCGUGGAGUAUGAGAUGCUCAAGUUUCCACCGUCCUGUUUGGCUGCCGCUGCAGUUUACACUGCUCAUUGUACCCUCUACGGCUUUAAGCAAUGGACCAAGACCUGCGAGUGGUACACUAACUACUCAGAAGAUCAGCUGUUAGAAUGCUCGAGGCUGAUGGUGAGUUUCCACCAGAAGGCAGCGACAGGGAAGCUUACCGGGGUGCACAGAAAGUACUGCACAUCUAAGUUCGGUUAUGCAGCAAAAUGUAAGCCUGCGCAUUUUCUUGUAGAGACUCAACAAGAAGCAGGGCAUGUAUAGUGACUACUAAGUACUAACUUUGUGUGACUUGUGUAACUGGAGUGAAAUUUAAAUUGGGGUGGUGGGAGGGGACAAUAAUUCAGCAACCUGGGUUGCCCCUGGGAAUUAAUUUUUAAGCUUUGCAGUCAUGGUUGUCAAAUGUGCAUACAGCCGCGGCUGUUCACACAAGUUCGAUUUGAACAUAGCCUCUGUUCCAAUUUAUUUGACAAUAAUUGAAAGAUUUUAUCCAUUUAUAUCGUAUAA